CAGGCAUUCCAUUGAUCGAAACCACCUGCGCACCUUCUUUCUUUCUUCAUCCGCGUCUUGAGAGCAUCGUAUUCUCAUUUACACAACAUGAACUCCCUACGACUAGUCAGCCGGGCCCUGCCCAAGGCUUCCCUACGCCAAUCCAUCGUUCGCUACUCCUCCUCAGUCCCGAGAUUCGCAGCCCGUCGACCAGUAUGGCAAACGGCAACGAAGGCAUCAUACCCUGCGUUUUCCACUUCUGCUUUCCGUCGAGAAGCUGCUGGUGAUUUCGACGUGGAACUCUCCGAGAAGUUGAAUUCCGAACAACAGCUUGAGCUGGAAAACAGUGGUGAAGGCGCACUCAGCGAGAUCAACGAUUUCCUCAAAGGUCACGAUUACUGGAAAGUGCAAGACAAGCCCGGUACUCAUGAAGUAUUCUUCACACGAGAAUUUGGCAAUGAAAAGAUCAAAAUCGCUUUGACCGUUGCCGAUAUCGACAACAUCGCCGAUGAAGACGAAUAUGGCGGUAUGGACGAAGAUGGUGCUCUUGAUGACGAAGUCGACUUUGCGUCGAACAAGGCCACCAUCAACCAAUCUGGCGCAAGAGGAGGCAAAGUCGAUGUUAUGCCUGAGGACAGCAUUGCUCCUGCAGACAGAGAUGCAGAGGGUACCGGACUUCCGGAUGAGACCCCGGCAUACCCCAUCAACUUGACAAUUACCAUCACCAAGCCCAGCAAGCGGGCAAUCGAGAUUCGUGCUGUUGCGCAGGAAGGUACUAUUGAGCUCGACUCGAUCAGCAUGUUCCCAAAAGAGUCACUGCUUGAGGCGCAAACACCCAAGGACGCUCAAGAGGCCCGCAGUCUGUAUGCUGGUCCCACCGUUGGCAACCUUGACCCCGAUCUCCAAGCAAUGCUUGAGAAGUAUCUUGAAGAGAGAGGUAUCGACGUGGAUUUUGCCAACUUCUUGCCCAAGUACAUCGACUACAAGGAGCAACGAGAAUAUGUACAAUGGCUCGAUGACAUGAAGACGUUCGUAGAGGAGUAAUUGUAUUGUCGUUUGGUUGUCGGACUGCCGAAAUUCCAUCUUGUUCUAUCUAGACCCUCCACUUUCAGCACGAAAUUGAUAUCGAAAAGUGUACAUUAUAUAAUGAGGCUCCUUCAGCCUAUGCAAUGGAGCAAUCAGAUACCCGGAAAUGCACUGUACAAACUUGGUUUCACUUGCAUAGAGGAAUUACGAUGCUUUUCCACAGAC